AAUCAAGUAUCGCACAUCACUAAAAUAGUGCAAAGUGAGUUCUUAAAAGUGAUAAAAUUAUACUGAUAAAAAUCAGUUUUAAGUAUAUUUUAGCUAUAUAGCUAUAAAAAAGUGAAAACUAUAUUUUGUAAUGUAACGCAUAGUAAACGUACAGAGCGUUUAUUUGCUGCAAAUACACAUAAUUAAACGCAAUAGGUUGGGAACUGCACGCACAUCAUUGUACACAAAACCAAAAGAAGAAACAAGAGUUCAAAAACAACAAAAAAAAAAAAAUACAAAAAACAAAAAACACUCACGCACACAACAAAAAGAGCACAAAUAUUUUGGAAACUUACAUUAAAAAACAAAAAAUAGCGACGCACAUAUCUUAAAGACGAUUCUUGAUUUUUGAGCUAAUUAGACUGGCUCAAAACGGAGGAAAUAGGGAGGCGGAGUCUCCCGACGGGGCGCAAGAGAACAGAGCAGCGUGUUGGUGGACACCUUGGACGGCUAUGGGUUGCUUCGGGUCACCCAGCUCCAAACAAACGGAUGUGAAUUCAGAAGACUCCAAAAGUCAAAAGCGUCGCAGCGAUGCAAUAUCAAAGCAGCUCCAAAAGGAUAAGCAACUAUACAGAGCUACCCAUCGACUACUCUUGCUAGGGGCUGGUGAGUCAGGAAAAUCGACUAUUGUGAAGCAAAUGCGAAUUUUGCAUGUUGAUGGAUUUUCCGAGCUAGAAAAGAAGCAAAAAGUCGAUGAUAUUAAGAAAAAUAUACGCGAUGCUAUCCUGACAAUUACUGGUGCCAUGAGCACACUAAAUCCACCUGUAUCUUUGGAAAAGAAGGAGAAUGAGGCAAGGGUUGAAUACAUUCAGGAUUACGCUUCCAGUCCCGAUUUUAACUAUCCUCCGGAAUUUUAUGAGCAUACAGAGGAACUAUGGAAAGAUCGAGGAGUAUUGCAAACAUUUGAAAGAUCAAAUGAAUAUCAACUGAUUGACUGCGCAAAAUAUUUUUUGGAUCGAGUAAGCAUAAUAAAGAAACCAGAUUACACACCAAGCGAGCAAGAUAUUUUAAGAUGCCGUGUCUUGACUUCUGGCAUUUUCGAAACACGAUUUCAAGUGGAUAAAGUUAAUUUUCACAUGUUCGAUGUAGGAGGCCAACGUGAUGAGCGGCGUAAAUGGAUUCAAUGCUUCAAUGACGUUACAGCUAUAAUCUUUGUAACUGCAUGUUCAAGCUACAACAUGGUAUUGCGUGAAGAUCCAACGCAAAAUCGUCUCCGUGAAUCAUUGGAUUUGUUCAAAAGCAUUUGGAACAACAGAUGGUUACGCACAAUUUCUGUAAUUUUAUUUUUAAAUAAGCAAGAUUUGUUAGCUGAAAAAAUUAAAGCUGGAAAGAGUAAACUUUCGGAUUACUUUUCCGAAUUUAACAAGUAUCAAACACCAAGUGAUGCUAUAACGGAAUCUGGUGAUGACCCAGAAGUGAUCAGAGCAAAAUAUUUCAUUCGAGAUGAAUUUUUGAUGAAUCUGCAAGGACUUGUGAUGUUCACCGCAAGGGACUUCUGGAGAAACGGGCUUCACACAAACAGCGAUAACUUUUGCAAUAAUUAAUUUUUUUUUUUUGAAAUUUUGGUGAAGUCAAGUUAAAACAUGAUGUUUUUAUGCUAUGUUUUUAUUUUUGUUAAAUAAAUUAAUUAAGUAGCAAAAAAAAAUUCGUGAAAAUCAUCAUUUUUUCGGGCCUCUGACUACCCCUAACCCCUUAAUUCAAGUCGUCAACGCUUUAAUACUCUCCGUAAUAAACUACGCUAUUGAAAUUUAUGGACAUCACUCAAAUAACCAUCUCAAAAUGCUUGCUGCACCAUAUCAUUCAGCUAUAAGAAGAUCGCUUCGUGCAUUUCCAACAUCGCCUAUAAAAAAUUUAUUAGCUGAAUCUGGUCUUCCCUCACUAAGGGAUAACAUGGAAGACAGUACUAUGAAACUCUACCCUAGGAUUAUUCUUGGUUCCAACAACAUGCUACGAAAAGUUUUGUUUUCAUCGUCAUCACGGAUCCGAUUGCCAAAAAUUGAAUCAGCUAUAUACAUUUGCGCGAUAUUCGCUAAAACGAAUAACUUGCCAUUAAAACCACCUAAAUUACGUAAACUUUGUCAUCCACCAUGGUUGAUUCCUAAAGAAUCUUUUAUAGACAAUCUAGUCCGCCAACCUAAGAACAUCACUCCUAAUGCGAUUUAUAUCGCUGAAUUUCGAGUAGUCGCGAGCGAAUUGAAACAUAAUAGUUGGAGAUUUCUUUACACGGACGGCUCUAAAAACUCAAGUACGUCUUUUGCUGUCGUUAGCGAGAAAGGUAAGCCGAUAUCCUAUGGGCUGCUUUUCCCUUUCUGUUGUAUAUUUAUUGCUGAGGCCACCGCAAUUUUCCACGCUGUUCUACAUGCUUCUAAACACUCUGGAAAAUAUGUAAUAUGUACCGACAGCUUAUCAUGUUUUCAAGCUAUAAAAAAUUGCUAUAACCAAACUACUCAUUAAUUCAAUUAGAGAAUAUCUUAUUUUAUAUCAAAAGAAAAUUAAGCUAAUGUGGGUUCCUAGCCAUACUGGUAUAACAGGAAAUUUUUACGCAGACGAAUUAGCAAAAGAUGCAUCUAACGCGCCCACAAUAACACUCAACUUCUUUACAAAAUUAUAUAUCGUCUCAUCAAUGAAAAGAGGCACUCGAAACUCUUCAUCGAUUGGAUUUCUUAUAAUCAUCAUUAUACAAUAGUCAACUCAGCAAGGAUCAAACCAGUAUAUCCUUCAACAAUUCCAGCUAACUUUCUCGCUCCAUACAUACGUCUCCGGAUAGGACACACAAUAGCUACGCAUGCUCACCUCCUUGGUAGCAUAAGAACCAAUAACUGUCCAUUUUGCAACGACACAGCAACUGUCCUCCACCUAUUAGAAUUUUGCCCAAUACUUCGAGAUAAAAGAGAAUGUUACUCUAAUACGGAUCCUAUUUCCCUCCUUUCCAGCCCAACUGAGGAAAACAUAAAAAUCCAUAUAUCUUUUUCUAAAAGAUUGAUAGCCUCUGAUGCUAGCGCUGCAUGUUUUUUAGGUUGUACAUAUGUAAAUUUACAUUGUAUAAGCUUAUAUAAAUAAAUAAAAUAAAGUUCCAUU